UGAUGGGUUAACGGGUUGGUCUACUAACUCACGGCUUGAAUUCACCUAACCCAUGAGUUAGAUGGGAUGGGUUGAAAAAUUGUCAAUUUUUUUUUUAAAUUGAGCUCGAUCCACCUCUAACCCACAGUGGGCCGGACUGGCCCAUGGAACAGAAUCCAUUUUGACCGCUCUUUGUGUCCAAAUGAAGAAAACUUGAAGCACUACCUAAAGUUCAUAUAUCUUAAUAUUUGUUUAGCAUGACAUAAUAUAAAAAUCUUUGCAUUGUAUUCUUUAAUUAUUUAUAUUUAUGAACAAAUUAAUUUACUUUAAAUUAAUAAUAAUAAUAACGAGUAAUUCAGUUGAUGAAUUAACUAUCUCUAAUCUAUUUGUGGACAUAAAGUAACAGGAAUAGGAAAAUAGAGAGUUAGAUCCUAGAAUGAAGGAGAAUGUGAUUGGAUGGCAAGAACUGAAUGGAGGUAAAGUAAAGAAAUGGUAGAGCGAGCAUCAGCCUUCAUCCAUGAUCCAACCCUUAUUUAAAACUAAAUUUGAAGUUGAUAAAUACAAACACAUCACAAAACAAUACAAUACUAGCUAGCACCACAAGAAGAAGAAACACAGAAUAAGAUGUCGUGGCAAACUUACGUUGAUGAUCAUUUGAUGUGUGAUAUUGAUGGCACAGGCCACCACCUCACUGCAGCUGCCAUCAUCGGCCAUGAUGGCUCUGUUUGGGCUCAAAGCUCUUCUUUUCCUCAGAUUAGACCUCAAGAAAUCACUGAUAUCAUGAAAGAUUUCGAUGAACCGGGUCAUCUUGCUCCUACAGGUUUGCACCUUGCAGGAACCAAAUAUAUGGUCAUCCAAGGAGAGUCAGGAGCUGUCAUUCGUGGAAAGAAGGGACCUGGAGGCAUCACCAUAAAGAAAACUGGUCAAGCUUUAGUUUUUGGUGUCUAUGAGGAACCUGUGACUCCUGGACAAUGCAACAUGGUUGUUGAGAGGUUGGGAGAUUACCUCAUUGAUCAAGGUCUCUAGACCUAGCUAGAUCUAUAUAUCAUGUUUGGAACAUUUUUGUUUCUUGGAUAUUAUACGUUGUUAUUUUCAUAUUUUUGACUUGUAUCUACGAUAUAUCAACCCUAAAUUGGGAGUUGUUGCAGACAAUAAACAGAUGAGAAUCAAGCAAUUGUUUGUUGUUUGGAUUAA